AUGGAGGAGGAGGAAACCAAGGAAUAUGCUGGUGCUGAUCCGGAUGAUGCGAUUAUCGAAGGUGGAUCCGGUCCCAGAACAAUCGAAGGAGGAGUGGACGAAUGCAGCUACGAGCCGGAUUACAAAAAAUACUAUUUACUACUCCAAAUGCUGCUGCUACAGAAUGUUCGUGAAGAGCCUGACCAGCAAAAUGAUCGCACUGGACGCUGA